AUGGCGGACCGUUUACACUCUCGCGAAGGGUCCGAAACUUCCCUCAACAAUGCAUCCAUUGCUUCCCCGCGAUCCAGCACCGAGUCCCGCUCUCCCUCUACACGAAACCAACUCCGCGUUUCCCACAUACCACCAGCAAACCACCAGCACAGACAAAGCUUGAGCGAGUCACUUCGCGGCCCACCCGGUUCUCCCCGUGCACGCCGACAGCCAUCUCUCCCACAGUCUGCCAUCCAGAGCCUUAUCGACAAUCCCCCGCCACCGAAGAAUAGUGACCCUGCCUUUAUUGGUCGUGAUUGGAGAGAGAUCUCAAUUGGCGAGCUGGUUAGCCCAGAUGAUUUGAAGUUUGUGGAGCUUGAUACGGGCAUCGAAGAGGCGACGAACAUCUUGAUUGAUUCGGGUGCGGCCGUGCUGUUAAUCCGCGAGACCUCUGAAGCCACUUCUGCCGUCGGCACAUUUGACUAUGCCGAUCUCAACUCCUAUCUCCUGUUGGCAGCGGGCCUGACACACCCCGACGAAGCGCACCGAGCGUCAUAUGAAGAGCUAGCCAAGAAAGCUCACGACGGCGUGCCUAUUCCGCUAAGAGAUGUCAAGAAGUUUGGUAUGGAGAAGGAGCCGCUGAUAAACUUGCCGACGUCAGCCAAUGUCUUGACCGCAGUUGAGAUCUUUGGUGGUGGUGUUCACCGGGUUGUGGUGGUCAAUGAGUCAAAUGACCAAGAAGUGGUUGGGAUCUUCAGCCAGUUCCGACUGGUCAAAUUCCUCUGGGAAAAUGGUCGCAGCUUCCCCAUCAUUGAAGAGCUCUACCCAAAGGCUCUGCGUGAGCUGGGGAUUGGAUCCCAUGAAGUGAUCUCCAUCAAUGGUGAUAAACCCCUCUCAGAUGCUCUUCAUGUGAUGAACAAUGAGGGUAUGUCCUCAAUCGUAGUUGUUGAUAGCUACUUGAACGUGCUUGGGAAUAUCUCCACAGCGGAUGUUAAGCUUUUGACCCGAUCAUCUUCAUUGCCACUUCUCCAAAACACCUGCACUCACUUCAUCUCAGUCAUACUGUCUACACGGGGGGUGAUUGAGGGCAAAGACUCAUUCCCGGUCUUCCACGUCAAUCCUGCAUCGACCCUGGCUCACACAGUCGCAAAGAUCGUGGCAACUCGAUCACAUCGGCUUUGGGUCACCGAUCCAUUAUCUCCAACCUCAUCAGGACCGCCAACUCCAUCGCAUUCUUCAGUACACAUUCCUCUUUCCAACAGCGUCAGCCCGCCUACCGGAUUGUAUACUGGACCUUCACCACCACCAUCUCCUUCUGCACAGCCCUCUCAAUACACCCCUCACCUACCGGCUCCUAACCUCCCCUACACAUACCCAGCUCCAGGCGUGUCGGUGCCAGUGCCAUCCCCCAUAUCGCAUUCUGCUCCCUCGUCAACCCAAGACGGAGCCCGGCUGUCCGGUCGCCUAGUCGGAGUAGUCAGCUUGACUGACAUCCUGAAUUUGCAUGCCCGAGCCAGCGGGCUAAACCCAGCUGACCCCGCUGAGUCACGUAGCCGCCGCCGCCGCAGUAGUUCCUCGAGCCAGAGUGUCCGCCGCAGUGGUGACAUUGGCCGGGAGCUUUUCAGCCGUGGCAUGUAA